AUGGCGACUAGAGCCGUUCACAUCGAGGUGGUGGAUGAUCUGUCUGCGCAAGCCUUCCUCGACGCUUUUACACGCUUUACCAGUCGGCGGGGUCCUUGCCGCGUCUUAUACAGCGAUAACGGCACGGCAUUUGUGGGUGCGAAUCGACUGCUUCAGGAAGACGUGGCGGCAUGGAACAAUGAGAACGAUCAACGAUCGUUAGCGAGCAUGGGCACCCAGUGGCAUUUCAUCACUCCUAGUGCACCACACCAGGGUGGUCUCUGGGAGGCUGCGGUUAAAUCUGCCAAGCAUCAUCUGGUCCGCUGUGUUGGUUCUCAGACUAUGUGGUACACCCAAUUGCAGACCCUGGCCGCGCGUAUAGAAGCGUGUCUCAAUUCUCGUCCGAUCACUCCACUGUACGAUGACCCAGACGAGAAGUUUGCAUUGACACCAGGGGACUUUCUCAUCGGAGCACCGCUUUUAGCUGUGCCGGAGCCAGACAUACGCGAGAUUCCCACCAAUCGCUUGAAGCAGUGGCAGUGGGUACGACAAGUCCACCAGGAGUUUUGGCAGCGUUGGAGCUCCGAGUAUUUGAUCACGCUCCAGAGGCGCAACCCAGUGGCGUCUUGGUCGUGUGGUGGCAGUGCAUCACGGAGACGACGGAGCCGUCCGAAAUGUCACUUUGAAGACUGCGAGUGGAUGCAUCACCCGAGCUGUUCAAAAGCUAUGCUGCCUGCUUGA